AUGGCAACAACAUCUGAUGAAACAGUAUCCGUCCCACCAACUGUAACAUCAAAUAAUAUUAGUCCAUCACAACAUAUAUCACGUAUAAAUGGUACAACUAUUAUAUCAAUUCCAACUGCAUCAGCUGAUGCUAUUGCUUCAUUUAUUUGGGGUAGUUAUUUAAAAACAACGGGUGCACAUGGAGCACCAGUUAGUUUUUUUCGUCAUGCACCACUACAAGAUAUGUGGGGACAAUUAACAUCUGGUAUGAAAGUUGAAGUUAUAAACACAGAUUGUUCACUUGGUCCAAAUGAUCCAAAAGAAAAAAUUUUUUGGUUUGCUUAUAUUGUACGAGUUGAAGGUUAUUUGGCAUUAUUACGUUAUGAAGGUUGUGAUAAUGAUUCAUCAAUGGAUUUUUGGUGUAAUUUAUGUAAUAAAGAUGUUCAUUGUGUUGGUUGGUGUGGACAACAUGGAAUUAAAUUAGCACCACCAAGAAGAAUUGAACAUCGACAAACUGAUUGGAAAACAUUUCUUGUUAAUAAAUUAGUUGGUGCAAAAACAUUACCAGAUAGUUUUCGUCAAAAAAUUCAAUUAUCACUUCGAUGUCCAUUUAAAAAAAAUAUGCUUGUUGAAGUUAUUGAUAAAUUUCGAGUAUCACAUAUGCGUGUUGGCAAAAUAUCAGAAGUGAUUGGUGGUCGUUUACGAAUCAAUUAUGAAAAUAAUGCUGGUGAACAUUUUUGGGUUCAUUAUACAUCUGAAUUAAUACAUCCGGUUGGUUGGUCUCAUGUAACUGGACAUGAAAUUGAAGCAACUGAAGAAUAUAAAAAUGAAGCAAUAAAAAUGGUUGAAACAAAUUCCUAUUCAGCUAAUAUCGCUACACCAGAUCUUUUUCGUACGGUUCCUAAGGUAUCAACUGGUGAUGAACAAUUUAAAGAAGGUCAAAAAUUAGAAGCAGUUGAUCCAUUAGAAAUGUCUCGUAUUAGUCCAGCAACAAUUGGAAAAAUACUGAAAAAUGGUUAUUUUAUGUUAUCAAUUGAUGGAUCAAGUGCUGAAGAUGGUUCCGAUUGGUUUUGUUAUCAUUCUAGUUCACGUUUAAUAUUUCCAAUUAAUUUUUGUAAAAUUAAUAAUAUUUCAUUAUCACCACCAAUUGGUGAAUUUGAAUGGGAAAAAUAUUUAUCUGAAACUAAUUCAGUUUGCGCACCACAAGAACUUUUUCAAAUUAUUAAAGAAAAAACUACGAAUCCAUUUUCUAUUGGAAUGAAAAUUGAAGCCGUUGAUAUGAUGGCACCACAUUUAGUAUGUGUUGCUACAGUAGCACAAGUAGCAGAUAAUCUUAUUCGUGUUCAUUUUGAUGGAUGGAGUGAUGAUUUUGAACAAUGGAUUGAUUGUCAAUCAACUAAUAUUUAUCCAAUUGGUUGGUGUGAACUUGUUGGUUAUAAACUUGAACCACCUAAACAACCUGAACAAGAAAAUGCCGAAUCGAUAAAAAGAUCUUCGAAAAAAUCAUCGAAUCGAAAAUCAAAUAAACGAAAACGACUUAAUUAG